GGGAGAGGACCCGGAAGUACUAUUAGGCAUCUCUUGUAGCGUGCAGUACGAGUUCUUGUCAUGUUAAUGUUGGACUGUAGCUGUCGGGGUUUGGUUCAGCUGUACGUGUAUUUAUGAAGGACUUACUAUAAGUGUUAACAGGAAUCUGAAGGCUGUGGAGAUAUGGUGGGCUAUGACCCCGGGGCUCAGGAUGCUGCCCUCUGCCCAGAGGAGGCAGCCCUGGCUGGGUCCGCCGCUGGGAUGGUCACUCGAGCCCUCAUCAGCCCCCUUGAUGUGCUUAAAAUCAGAUUCCAGCUGCAGAUUGAGCGCGUGUCUUCACAGAGGCCAGAGGGGAAGUACUGGGGAAUAUUUCAGGCGUCCCGCUGCAUUCAUUCAGAGGAGGGACUCUCUGCUUUCUGGAAGGGUCACAUCCCUGCGCAGCUCCUCUCCAUCUGCUUCGGGGCUGUCCAGUUUGCCAGUUUUGAGUUUCUGACUGAGAUGGUCCACAACAUGACGCCAUAUGACAGCCAGACAGCAGGAGUUCACUUUGUGUGUGGCGGUUUGGCUGCUUGCUCUGCUACAGUGGUCUGCCAGCCUCUGGACACACUGCGGACACGCUUUGCAGCUCAGGGAGAACCAAAGGUGUACAGCAACCUGCGACAUGCCGUGUCCACGAUGUACCGUUCAGAGGGCGUACUGACGUUUUACCGCGGCCUGGCUCCAACACUGACGGCAGUGUUUCCGUACGCUGGGCUGCAGUUCUUCACCUACAACGUCUUUAAAAAGCUGUUCGCCCCACCUCCCACAGCUGGAAAGUCUGGAGGAAACCUGAGCAGCCUGGUCUGUGGCAGCGGAGCUGGAAUAAUCAGCAAAGCAAUCACGUACCCCUUUGACCUCUUCAAGAAGAGACUGCAGGUGGGGGGCUUUGAGGCAGCCAGAGCACGCUUCGGUCAGGUGCGGAAUUAUAGAGGCCUGUUGGACUGCAUGGUUCAAAUAGCCAAAGAAGAGGGCGUCCGAGGCUUCUUCAAAGGCCUCUCUCCCAGCCUUUUGAAAGCCGCUGUGUCAACAGGCUUCACCUUUUUUUGGUAUGAGUUCUUCCUCAACGCCAUGCAUAACUUCAAGGAGGGACGGAGAACAAACAGCCUCACCAAAGACUUAGAGGAAAGAUAAUGAAGGAAACAAAAAAGUGAUGAUGGCGCAACCUCCACACUGGAACAGACUGGAAAUAGACUCAUGCAUCAUUCUUUGCUUGCACUUAACACAUUUAUCAACCGGGUCGAUGUUUGGUGGUGCUUUCUAUUGUGUUUACAUGUAAGGAUGGGAAAACAUAACCUCGUAUUAUUUGUUUUUGUGUUAUCGUCACACCUCUUGUAUAAGCAUUGGACUUUUAAAAAAUGGUUUUAGUCUGGGUUUCUAAGGAUUAUGGAUGCUUGCUUUUACAAGAUAAACUACAUUGUAUAAUUUUAUGUUCAAACACAACUUUGCACAUUUUAAACUCUGACUUUUAACGUGUCAUAACCUUGCCAUUGUUGGCUCACAUUUUGUUAAAUUGAAUUGAAUUGAAAAGAGAGAAGAAGCAAAAUGUGCUUGUGUUGAUUGUGUGGUCGUAUGUGUAUAGACAAAAACAUCAACACUUAUGUGAGUGUAAUAUUUAUUAUAUUAUGUACUGUGGUGGGCAAAACAGCAUCCUGUUGACUAUAGGCCAAAUACACUGCUAAUUAAGAGUAACACUCUUAAAGGUGUCUGUGGUUGUGCUAUGUGUCUGGCCAACGCUACAACUUUCAGGUCAUUAUUUUUUGAAUAAAAGUUUUUA